AUGGGCGAUUUACCAAGAGAUCGGGUCAUUCCAUCCAGACCUUUUGACAAGGUAGGAAUUGAUUUUGCAGGCCCAAUCAUAACGAAACCUAAUUUGAAAAGAUCUAGAGUAACCAUGAAAUCUUACAUCGCCAUAUUUAUAUGUUUUAGCACUAAGGCUAUUCAUCUGGAAGUAAUAUCUGAUUUAACAACUGAAGUCUUCUUGGCAUGCUUUAAAAGAUUCAUCACAAGGCGAUCGAGACCUUCAGUAAUUUGGAGCGACAAUGCAACUAAUUUUAAAGGAGCAUAUGCUCUUCUGAACCCCCUAUUUAAAUUAUGCAAAUCCAAUUCGAUUCAAAGGUUCAGUGCCGAUGAAGGCAUCAAAUGGAAUUUCAUACCCCCAGCUGCACCCAACUUUGGUGGUCUCUGGGAGGCAAAUAUAAAAUCUAUGAAAAAAAUCUUAGUAAAAGUCACCAAGACCAAAAUUCUGGACUUCGAGGAACUUUGCACAUUGGUUGUCGAAAUUGAAGCGAUAUUGAAUUCAAGACCACUCAGCCCCUUGUCUGUCGAUCCAACUGAUCUACAACCUCUAACACAGGAACAAUUUUUGGUUGGGUCAUCGUUACUAUCUUUAACUGAACAAGAUACUGCUGUCAGUUUAUCUUCCAGGUGGAGCCAUGUCCAGCACCUUAAAUCCAAGUUUUGGGACCGUUGGAGUCGGGAGUAUCUGCAACAACUAUAG